GGUAUCAAAGAAGCGCUUAAAGAUAUGAAUAAUAUUUUUAACAGUCUACAGUACAAACUUCUAACAUAUUCAUAUCUGAAUUAGUCAGCGGUGACGGCUCUGAACUUUAUUUCUGUCAAAGCAUGGUAUUAAUGCACGAUAAAUGACACACACCUUCCCAUAAUGCAUUUCGACGUUAAGUUAGUGACGUCACAGUAACUGCUGUAGUAACGUUACUCAGCGACGGCAGUUGCAUUAUUAUCUAUCCAUACUGCCUCACACCUCUCGCAAGUAUUAUGGUAUCAAAGAAGCGCUUAAAGAUAUGAAUGGUAAAGAGUGCAGUGAAAUAGCAGAGGAAAGAAAGGGUGAAAAGAAGUCUGUAUUACCAUGUGAUGGUAAUAACGGUGAGACGAGGAAGGGUUUAAAUAAAAGAGAUGAGGACGACAAGAGUAGUAAGAAAAAGAAGACGAAAAAGAAGAAGAAGGACAAGUCAAAAAAGCAAACGAAGAAAAGGGAAGAGAAUGAACUGGUUUCAAAAAACACUGAAAACACAAACCGGGAACCAGAACAGGAAAUUAUUGCAGUCCCAUCUCAGAGCACCGACCAUGCAGACGUUAAAAAGAAAGAAAGUAAGCUACCCGGUUGUUUUGGCUUUAUUUCAACUUGGCUCGCCGGAAGGAGGCAGAAAAGACGUGAGAAAAAGAAAAAGGCAAUCGCCGACCGAGCUACUUCGCCAGAAUCAGGCAAGCAGAAAAUAAUGAAGACGCCGGUCGUUCAGCCUGUCAAACAAACCGGCGGACCUAUUCGCCGAGAAGACUACUACCGGCUCAAGAAAGCCGAGGCAAGAAGAGAAGACGAGUUGGCAGAACGGUGUAGGAGCAGGUAAGUAGGCCUACACUUGUUUCAUUUUCAAAGCUUUUGAUAUAGAUUUAAGAAUUAUAAAAUGCAUUUCUUCUUUGAUUUUGUAAAGAUGUCACAAACAUUGUACUUUGUUCAAC